AAAAAAAGGAAAAGAAAAAUUGAAUACGUCUUGUGUUUGUCUGGCGACAACAACCACACCCAAAAAUUAGUUAUCACGAAAACAAAAAAUCCCCAAAUCUCCCAAACCCUAAUUUUGAAUCUCUCUGUUUCUCUGAUGAAACGAAGAAGAAACUCUUCGUAGCUUCUCUCUCACUUGGCAUUUCUAGUGCGAAACCGAUUCGGCGAGAAGGCUUUCUUGUCUAUUAAAGCUUUUGGAGAGAUUCUCUCCCAUGUUGACAUCACCAUGCUCUUCUUCGUCUCUCCUCUGCCACCGCCCAGCUCUCUCCUCCAUCUCCCGUUCCAAUUUUAGGCUUCCUCGUCGUGUUCUACUCUCCCCUACUCUCACCCACGUUUCUCCUCUAACUGCUUCUCCUUCUACCAAGUCCACCAAGCACAAAUGGAAGAUUCAGUGUUUUAGAAAUGAGGAUUCUGCUCCCGAGAAUCAAGAACCCGAGGAAGUAGUUAAGAAGAAGCCUGAUCAAGAUAUUCAGCAGCCAUGUGCAGAUCAAAAGCCUUGGAACUCAACUCUUCAGAAAGCUGCGGAUGCUGUUUUAAAGGGGAUUGGUACUCGUUGGAAGGUACCAUGGACUGCUGAGACCAUUGUUCAGGUGAUGCUUUUAUGGGUUGCCGCCUUCUGGUUCAUUGGAUCAUGGAUGAUCCCAUUCAUGGCUCAUAUAUCAGGUUUCCACAAGGACUCUCUCACCUUUAGAGGCCAAGCUUUGUUCAGUCUUAUAACCGAUGUAACAGAAGGCCUAGCCGGAAUCGCCAUCCUCCACCGUUGCCUCUCCAUGUUCCGUCCACUCGCAAGUGAUUGGUUCCGUUUCACCCUAAAAGGAAACUGGCAACUAGACGUUAUCAUAGGCUGUUUCAUGUUCCCUUUCGUUAACCGUCUCUCCCAAUUAAACCUAAACCUCUUGCCACUCCCACCAACCUCGAGUCCCGUCUCCCUCUCUAGCGUGGAGCAAUCGAUAAUGGCUAGAGACCCUGUUGCGAUGGCCCUGUAUGCGGUUGUGGUAUCGGUUUGUGCACCGGUUUGGGAAGAGAUUGUGUUUAGGGGGUUCUUGCUACCGUCUCUGACAAGGUACAUGCCGGUUUGGUGUGCGAUUCUUGUGAGCUCGGUUGCGUUUGCUUUGGCGCAUUUUAAUGUGCAGAGGAUGUUGCCGUUGGUGUUCCUUGGAGUGGUUUUGGGGUUGAUAUUCGCAAGGUCAAGGAACUUGUUGCCUUCGAUGCUGUUGCAUAGCUUGUGGAAUGGCUUUGUGUUCAUGGAAUUGAUGCGAUGAGGAUGAGUAUAUCUUAUGUAGGGCGUCUGUUGUUUCCCUUAUUCUUGUAAUUGAUUCAUGUUAUGAUUCUUAGAUAUUUUUCAUUAAAUGGACAGUUCAACUGUAAAAAGAGAGUUAAAAGAAUGUCAAAACGAAAAUGAAAUGAGCAGAUGAUCAAAGACAUUGAAGAGAGUUUAACACUUCUGAAUAAAAUUUAAAAAC